AUGAAAAUCAAACUAUAUAAAGCGUAAGUUAACGUAGUGUCCACAGUCAGACAUUACUCAGUACUACUCCCCAAAUCCCAACUCACAUUUUAGACACCCUGAAUCUCUCUCUAUCUCUCUGUCUCUCUCCGAUUUUUGGCGUCGAAGCUUCGUUUUCUCGACCUCUCUCUCUCCGAUUCUCUCUCUUCAAUCACCGUUACAGUUCACAAAGCUGUAGAUUUCGAAGAAUGAGGCGCGCCAAGGAAGAACCAUCAAGCAGCGGUAGACGUCAAGCCAUUGACUUAAUUUCAGCAGUGAAAGAGUUACACAGACUCAGCCCUCAAGAUCUUAGUAAGCUAAUCAGGGACUCUGAGAAUAAUAUCCUUCAGACUGUCACUGAAAGUGGGUCAUCUUUUCAGAUUGAUGUGGAAAAACUUGCAAGGUUUCUUCCUAUGCAUCUUAUGGCAAAGCUCAUGUCGUCUGAGAGAGAUGAAGCAUUGUUCAAAUACUUGUUAUGUGGAAUUCGACUCUUGCAUUCCUUGUUGGAUAUAGCACCUAGACAUUCCAAGCUAGAGCAGAUUCUGCUCGACGAUGUGAAAGUAUCAGACCAGCUUCUUGAUUUGGUUUUUUUUCUGGUUAUUGUUCUCUGCAAUUAUAGACAGGAACACCACACUUCAAGUCCUAUGCCUCUAUUGCAUUCAGCUUUAGUUUCCUGUAGUCUGUAUUUAUUAACUGGAUGUAUUUCUUCUCAGUGGCAAGAUCUUGCUUCUGUUUUGGUUGUUCACAGUAAGGUUGAUAUAUUUAUGGAUGCAGCUUGUGCAGCACUUCGUGUAGACAUAAAAUUUCUCCACAUAAAGUUGUCAGGUCAAUAUACUGAUUUGUGCACGAAGUCAAGUUGUAAUGCUGAAGGAACAUUGAUCUCUAUGUGCCAGCAGUGCGAGGCUUCGUUGCAGUUUCUUCAAUCAUUGUGCCAACAAAAGUCGUUCCGAGAGCGCCUUGUUAAGAAUAAGGAACUCUGUGGAAAAGGUGGUAUUCUUUUGCUUGUUCGAGCUAUUUUAAACCUAAAAAUCACUCCAUUGUUUAGAGAAUCAUCCUCAGUUGUGGCUGCUGUGUCUAGGCUAAAGUCUAAAAUUUUAACAAUUCUGUUGCAUCUGUGUGAAGCAGAAAGCAUUUCUUACCUGGAUGAGAUUGCCAGCACCCCUCAAAGCAUGAAUUUGGCAAAAUCUGUUGCAUUAGAGGUUCUUGAGUUACUGAAGACUAUGUUUGCUAGAGAUCCCAAACAACUUAAUGCUUGCUCUGACAAAAAUUACCCAAUGGGCCUUUUGCAACUGAAUGCAAUGCGCCUGGCAGAUAUCUUCUCUGAUGACUCAAAUUUUCGCUUUUACAUCACAACAUACUUUACAGAAGUUUUGACUGCAAUUUUUUCAGUCCCCCAUCAAGAGUUCUUGUCUAGUUGGUGUUCAUCUGACCUUCCUUUUCCGGAAGAAGAUGCUACAGUGGAGUUUGACUCACAUGUGGCAUCUGGGUGUGUUUUGGAUUCAUUGUCAUCGUCAGAUUUACUGAAUGUAAUGAGUUCAGGAUUCACUCUCGUUCCUAGCAUCAUGCCUCGGGCUUCCUAUGCGCAUCAGAGAGUAUCAUUAUUGGUCAAAAUAAUAGCAAAUCUCCAUUGUUUUGCACCAAAGAUCUGUAAAGAGGAGAAGGAUGUCUUCCUUAACAAGUUUCUUGAGUGCUUACGAGGGGAGCUACCUGAAUCAUCAGCUUCGGAUGCUGAAAAAGCUCGCAUAGUUAUCAAGAAUCUACGUUCCUUGUUGAGUCAUGCAGAGUCUCUGACUCCUCCCUUUUUAAACGACGAGGAUGUGCAACUGUUAAGGGUGUUCUUUACGCAAUUAGCAUCACUGAUUUGUCCAGCUGAAUUAGAAGAUAAUCGAGUUCAAGAGGAUCUUAGUGCAGGGGGGUGCUCAUCUCCGCUACUACAUAAAAUAGGUAACCUGAAAGAAUGCACAUCAGAGAACUCAGCUUUUCAAGAAGAGGACCAAUUCUAUGUCAGGGGCAACUGUAUAGAUCAAACUGGUGAUAUAGUGCCGCAAGAUAAGGGGGAAGAUAAAGGUAAAUCUGUUAGGGUGGCUAAAGGUUUGAGGGAAAUUGAUCGAGACAUUCAAAAUGUUGAAACGAGUGGGUCAGAUUCAAGCUCUACAAGAGGAAAGAACUCUGUUGAUCACAAUGUUGAGUUCCCAAACUUAACUGAGCACAUCAAAGAAAGUGGGCUUGGAGGACUUCAAGAGGAUGAAAAGGCUGAAGCUGUUCAGUCUGAAGAGAAGCAGCGACGAAAACGAAAGCGAACUAUAAUGAAUGAUAAACAGAUUAGCCUAAUUGAGAGGGCCCUCUUGGAUGAACCCGACAUGCAACGCAAUGCUGCUUCAGUACAGUCGUGGGCUGAUAAAUUAAGUGUCCAUGGACCUGAGGUUACAACUUCUAAGCUAAAAAAUUGGCUAAACAAUAGAAAAGCUAGGCUAGCCCGAGCAGCUAAGGAUGUACGUGUGCCAUCUGAAGGGGGGGACAAUGUAUUUUCUGACAAACAAGGUGGGUCAGGAAUUGCAUCCCACUAUGACUCAGCUGAAAGUCCUUCUGAGGACGUUUAUAUCCCAGAGGCUGCAAGAGGGAUUCACCAGAGUGGAAUUGGAGAAAGCACAUUGAGAACUGGUACCAACGAAAAAGCAGAGACUGUGCACGCAGAAUUUAUUGGUAUUGCAUCAGCAGGAUUUGUUCAGUGUGAGCCUGGUCAGUAUGUUGUGCUUGUAGAUCAGCAAGAAGAAGAAAUUGGCAAGGGAAAGGUGCAUCAGGCGCAAGGCAAUUGGCAUGGAUGUAAUUUGGAGGAAUUAGAGAUGUGUGUUGUGGAUGUUAUGGAGCUUAAGGUUGAUAGAUGGAUGAGUCUUCCACACCCAUGUGAAGCCACGGGUAAUUCAUUCGAUGAAGCUGAAAAGAAACUUGGGUUAAUGAGAGUGUUGUGGGAUUCAAACAAACUUUUCAUGCUGCCGCCUCGGUGAAUGUGAGUGCCUCUCCUGCUUGAAGGGCCAGACUGAAACUACAGCCACAGGGGUGACAUCCAAUGGUUGAGAUUUGGGGGGGAAAAAAUUCAAGAGCAGGCCACUUCAAAAGACAUCCACCAAGGAGGCGACCACACUCACAAUCUAACUAAUAACGGGGAUGCCUACUACCAUGCUUGAAAUUUCAAUCCAGGAACCCCCCUGACUGCGAAUUUCUUGGAAUGGCAUCGAGUGGGCUCUGUUAAUUGUGGUUGGGGAUCAUGUAUAGCAGAAAGAUUAAAUGGUAGCUCACCUAGAGAGAGGCUUUCAGGCUCCUCAGCCAUUGAAUCUAAACAUUUUUGUAUAUAUAUAUGUUCUUCUUUAACUAUUAUGGAUUUUUUUUUUUUAAAUGAUAAAUUAUUUUUCAGUAAAACUUGAGCUAUUUGUUGUUUGGUGAA